UACCGGCUGAAAGUUUCUCUCCCUCCCUCUCUCUCUCUCUCUCUCUCUCUCUCGGUCGCUCAUGGAGGUGUCCUUUACUACUCUCCCUAGAGAAAAAUCUCUAUCUAUCUUGCCCAUGGCUACAACAAAUCUGAACCAGAUACUGCCUACGGCGAGGAUUUCAUUAGCGGGAUUCUCUCACACAUCUAUGCCAACUUUUGCAAGUAUAACUCAAGCUCAGGCUAAGGGGAUGCCCGCAUCUCAGUCGCGUCUAGACCAGCCAGACAGGUUUCCUAAACUCAAGAAAUUCCCCUUUCAUGAAGGCAAGGAAGUGGAAGAAAUAACUAAAGAGAUGAUUAAGGUAAAGGACGAGCCAAAGAUUAGAUAUCUAGACGUUGAAAAGGGCAGUGGCGAUAGGGUAACGGAUCAGAGACAAAAGGUGAGGAUCCACUUCGAUUUCUAUGAUAGUAAUCAAAAUCUAAUACAUGGCAAUUGGCAAAAUGGUCAGAAGCGACGACCAGAAAAGAUUAAACUUUGCAAGCAUAAACUUGGCAAAGGAUUUGAGAAAGGAAUCCAAGGCAUGCAAGAGGGGGGAAUAAGAAGAAUCGUUGUUCCUCCGGAAUACUCAUAUGAAGAUGUUGAAGGUUAUGGGGUUUUUGAUGUUGAGUUGCUUGAGGUCCGUCCAUCCAAGUCUUGUAAAGUCCGAAAGAUAUUUUUUAAGUAAGAUUGCGAAAGUUUUCUCGAUUGUUAAAAGCUCAAUGUGCUAAGCAAGAAAUUAGAUAUAUAAAAUAAAGAAACUAUGUACUAGUUAUUAGGCCGCAUAUAAUGUAUAAAUUCAACUAAAUGUUAUUAGAAACAUUAUAUUUGAUCACUGUAAGAUAUUUAUGAAUUGUGUUAUGAGUGAAUUUAUUGUGUGAAUUUUAUAAAGUU